AUGGCCUUGCACAGAGAUCCUUUGGAGCAGGACGAUCAAGAUGCUAUUAUUUUGGACGCCAGAGCCGGCGAUUUGGAGUCAUUGAAAGACAUUUUCACGAACGUGGUUGACCCAACUCUUCUGGUCAGUUGUCGGGACUCUUCGUCUAAAUCGACACCAUUGCAUAUGGCAGCUGCUAACGGACAUGCCGAAGUGCUUAAGUUUCUGCUGUCGCUUGUCAAAGACGGUCGCAAAGAUUGGGUAAAUGCGCAGAAUGAGACCGGGAACACAGCACUUCAUUGGGCUUCUUUAAAUGGCCAGGAGGCCUGUGUGGAGUUACUAUGCGAUGAAUUCGACGCAGAUCCAUUUAUCCGUAAUAAUUUUGACCACGAUGCUAUUUUCGAAGCCGAACGUUCUGGCCACGAAGCGAUCGAGACUUUUUUCCUGAAGAAGUACGACGUUGAGCCCGAAACCGAAAAUGCGGGCGUAGACCAGGAGGCUACGUCUGCCAGUGUACAGAUCAAAGAAGGAACUGAGAUAGAGCAGGUUACUAAGGAAGCCACGGAGGCAUUGAGACAGGAAACCGAGAAAUUGAACAUAGAAGGAGAUUUGGGAAACUGA